AACUUUUCUCACUUUGCUCCCGACAGUCGACUUGUGCGCUUUGCGUUUUUCUGCUGGUGGUUUUAGUUAAUUUGUGGCUAAUCCUGCUAAUAAAAUAAUAGUUAUAACAACUAAAACUUUGUUUUAGUGUUACAUAAAGUUUUGAAGUGAUAAACGAGUGAUUAUCAAAAGUGACAAAAAAUGGAGGUAGCUAAGCCAGAAGUUAACGGUAAUCCGCUACCGCAGCGGCAGCCGAACAACGCUGGACCGCAGCAGAAAGGUGGUCCUGGCAAUCAGAACCAAGGUGGUGGUCCCGGUAACCAGAACAAAGGCGGAGGUCCCGGUAAUCAGAAUCAAGGCGGCGGUCCCGGUAAUCAGAAUCAAGGCGGUGGCGGUCCCGGUAAUCAAAACCAAGGUGGCGGCGGUCCCGGUAAUCAAAACCAAGGUGGCGGCGGUCCCGGUGGUAACCAGAACAGAGGUGGUCCCGGCAAUCAGAACCAGGGCGGUCAGGGCAAUCAGAACCAAGGUGGUAACCAACAGCGUAACCGGGGACAAAACCAGAACCGUGGUGGCGGAAACCAGCAGAAUCAGCGCGGCGGAUUCCAGAAUCGAUUCAACAAUCGAAACCAACAGGGCGGUGGCGGCGGUUUUGGUAAUCGGCAGAACAAUCCGGACGGUGGCAACGAUGGAAAUAAUCAGCAGCAAAACCGUCAAGGAGGACAGGGCAAUCGUGGCGGUAACCGCAACCGCAACAGUCAAGGCGGCGAUGGCGAUCAAAGCUUCGAUCGGCGUCGCAGUGGUCCGGGGGAGCAGUAUUUUAUCAACGAAAGGCUGCGUAUGCUGCAAGGACCGUUGUUGGAUCUUCCGCCGAUUGAAAGUGAGACACCAAAGUUUGCCGGUCGCAACCGGUUGUACAUUGGCAAUCUGACAAAUGAUGUAACCGAGGAGGAGCUGAUCGAGCUGUUCAAACCGUACGGCGAUAUUACGGAGGUAUUUAUGAACAAAGAUAAAAACUACGCCUUUGUGCGUGUAGAUUAUUUCUCGAACGCGGAGAAAGCUAAGAGAGAAUUGGACGGAACAUCGCGCAAGAAUCGUAUUUUAAGAGUACGCUUCGCUCCAAACGCGACCGCACUCCGCGUAAGAAAUUUGACACCAUUUGUCAGCAAUGAGUUGCUGUAUAAAGCAUUUGAAGUAUUCGGACCGUUGGAACGUGCCUCCGUUCAAAUUGAUGAACGUGGCAAAUCCACUGGGGAAGGCAUUGUCGAGUUCAAGAUCAAACCAUGCGCCAUGGCCGCGUUGCGUUUCUGUACCGAACAGUGUUACAUGCUGACCUCUUCUCUGCGUCCGGUCAUUGUUGAACCGUAUACUUAUCAGGAUGACACCGAUGGUUUACCGGAGAAGUCGCUGAACAAAAAGAUUCCUGACUUCAUGCAGGCGCGUCAGCUUGGGCCACGUUUCGCUGAAAUGGGUUCCUUCGAACACGAAUAUGGUCAGCGUUGGAAGCACAUGCAUGAAUUGUUCAAGCAGAAGGCCGAAGCUCUAAAGCGAGAGAUGAUUAUGGAGGAGGAAAAACUCGAAGCCCAGAUGGAAUUCGGUCGCUACGAACAUGAGACCGAGCAGCUGCGCGAACAACUCCGAAUGCGCGAACAGGACCGUGACCGUCAAAAAGCCGAAUGGGAGAUGAAACAACGCCAGGCCGAAGAAGCCAAGGCACGCAUGGAACUGCAGAUGAAACUUAACGUUGAACAAAUGCAAAACCGCAUGAAACGCAGUAAUGAUGAUUUGAAUCGACGUCAGCAGGAAAAUAAUAUGUUUAUGCAGAAUAAGGCCCUUGGCGGAGGUGGUGAUCCCGUCAUUAUCGACGGAGGUAACGAUGCCGGCGUCAAUCCAACUGGUAACAAAAUGGGCGGAAUGGAGGUUCGUGAUUAUGAACAUGGUCAAAAUAGACAGUCGCUCUUUAACAACGAAGAAGGCGGUGGCGGUGGCGACGGCGACCAGCAACAAAACCAGCAAGGCGGUGGUGCAGGUGGUCCACAAAAUGCGGGAAAUGCUUUUGGCAUGGGAAAUCGCAACUGGAUGAACAACAACAAUCGUAAUAGUGAUGACUUCCAGAGCAAAAGAAGACGGUUCUAAAUUGCAAAAAGAGCACCCAACAACAAGAAUUUGACAUUCGCUUUUAAAUAUAUACAAACGAUACAAUUUGAUAAUUGAUCUGCAACAUCAAAUGCUACUGCAUUCAUUAUGACGGAUGCACACUAGGCAGUGUGCAAGCAUUUGCAACGUCGAGUUGAGAUUAUGUUCGGAGGAACAUAUUGUUCUUGGGAUCAUCCACCCACGUAUUUGCAAUACAUACAUACUAUUUAAAGACAACAGACCAUUUUUUCCCCAGAUGAAGAAUAACAUGUAAGAUUGCAACUUUAAGAAAUCACUGUGUAAUAACAAUAUAAAUUAUAUUCACUAGAAACAAUAA